UCGCGUGCGCUGAAAGUUUCUACAAAACGCACAUCACUCGUUCUUCCCUCGUGUAAUAAGCUCAGACGUCACGCCGCUUAUAUUGGCUCGUCUGAUAUCCACUUCGGCGUAACGUUUUAACUUGCGUUCCGUUGUCGAAGUCAACAUGUAUGUCCGGUCAGUACUAGUUGCCCUUAGCUUCACCACUGGAGGACACGCAUUUGGUCUUUUCCCGCCUCUUGGGUUUUUUGGGCAACCAGGGCUGUUUAAGCCUCCAGGCCUUCCAGGAACUCCGGAUCUAUUCAAACCUCCUGGGCUUUUCGGACCUCCCGGGCUCUUUAGCCCUCCAGGGAUUCUAAAACCUCCAGGGCUUUUCGGACUUCCAGAACUUCUCGGACCUCCGGCGCUUCUUGGCACGCUAGGCUUUCUUCUACCUGGUUUAUCGCAACUACUUUUGGAUAACACUUCACCUCCUGGAGAUGGGAGCCUACCACAGCUGCCAGAACAACCUCCACAACCUGAAGCGGCUACACCCGGCCCAAUGGAUAUAGAAACAUCAUCAACUGUGGAUGCUUCUAAGACAUCACAACGUUUGUCGCCAUCUAGCAAAGAUACUAAUACGGUUGCCAGCCAGUUUACUAGUGGCGUAUCUAAUGCACCGAGUGCGAGCACCAGCAGCUCAGUGAGUCAGCCAAAGGCAACCACCGAGAAAGGAACAGCGCAGCUCGCACAAAAAAGCGCAGGAUAUAGCACAGGAAAUGCACCAAUGGUUGCUGAGACACCGGAAAUGACGUCGCAUCCCAUCAUCGACGCGGUAACAGUUUCUCUCCCCACGCACUAUGAAGGCAGCGCCUAAUACUACCCCCCAAUACACAAGACAGUAGUGUACGAGAAAAGUUUUAGUCCAUGAAGAGGCAAUUUCUCUGAAUAAAAAUUAUCCGAGUGGAAGGUGGGCAGCAAACAUCUUAUUCCAGAGAUCAACACUAUUUAGGAGAUUACAAAAAAGCAGCAAUAAAGAAUCAUGGUCGUAAUGACGUUGAUAUCUCUGAAACUAUUAGUAAUAUAAUUUUCAAGGUUGCACUGCGCGAUGUACGCCGUUGACGCACCUGUAAAUGAGUCUUCGCUAUUUAAUGGGCCACUAAAUCAAAGUGGAGGCCUUGUGGAAAAUAAUAAUGGAAAUGGCACCACUGUGUAGAAAUUUCACGAAUUAAGCCACACAGUUUUCCACAGUUUUAGAAAGUGAGGAGGUGAACAUAGCCUUACGCGCUUGAGCUUUUCAGAAUUCUUGAGAAAACAUGAUUACAUAAGCAGGUUUCUGAACAGUAAAACGAGGUUUGCUGCAAAUUUUGACUUACACCAUUAUUGUCAUGUCUAACAUAGAAGGUGAAUUGCCAAGUAGAAAGCAAUGCUGCUUUUUCAGUGACAACACCUUCUGGUUUGGCUGUCAUGAAAUAAACUAAUAUCAUAAAACA